AUGCCUCGCCUUGUACGUCGUCGCCCGCUUGGGGAGCGCAUCCGCAGCUGGUUGAACCCUUGGGACUUUUUGCUUUGGGCAUCUGAAACGAUCGAGGGUUAUGAUUUGGAUGAACUGGAAAAGGACUGGGGCCUAGUCAUUGGAAUCACGCUGAAUGUGGUAUUCCUUGUGGCACGUGCAAAUGCACGCUCAAGUGGCAGAAAAGCCAUCGACGAUGUUUUUGGUGAAGAGGAGGGCGUUCCUUGGCUGAGCUGGUUGGCAUCAUCCAUUGUCUCCUUCCUCGCCAUUUCAUCAGCACUGAACGCCUUCUACACCUUUUAUCGCAAGCGACACUAUCGCAUGUUUGAGAAUCCCAUAGACCAGGCCCCGGCGACUUCAUCGGCCCAACGUGUACGAGUUGACUCGAGUCCGAUGACCGCGUCCCCUCUCCGAUAUUUGGCCAACGCGAUGUCUACCGAGUCUGCCCAGUCGAGAGCACACCCCGAUGCGCAAAGAGAUGUAUGGGAGGUCGCAAUGUGGGAUCCUUUGCCAAUCAGCACUCGGCUUUUCUGCCUAUUCAGCCCUGGACAUGUCCUUGUCUACAUGCUUUUCCUACCCACCCAGCUGUCUGAUCAACGACCUAGCGUGACUAUUGUCACCACCGCCUUCCUUGCAGCCCUCCUCUCAGUCCAAAUGUCCUUCCUUUCGGUGUCAUAUACACAACAAGCAAAGGACUCGGCAUUGGUACACAAGGAGGUCUUGAAAGAAUACGAUAACAAAUAUGUUCAUCCCCGAACCAGACCUUUGAUGAGAGAUGUUGGAACUCAAUUUGCCGAUGUCGAUGCGGCCAAAUCUACUCCCGACGUGCCGAAUGAGGUCGAUACUUACACCCCAGCAUUUAUCAUCAACCGGGGAUUUAAGACUAGUCCAAACCCGAACUAUGUCAGACAUGUCGACCCAGAAGGGUUCUCUCCUCGGCGACCCGCAGCUCCAUCUGCCUCGGGUGGUCCAUCCAUCUUCCAAUCUCGCCCACCGAUGCAGACUCCCGUUAUAUCGCGUGACCAGUCUCCAUUAGUACGAACGGGGGGAACGGGUAUGCGCCAGCCGCAAUUUCGACAACCCACGACCAGUACAGGCGAUGGAGGGAACCUCGGGGUGUACUCGCACGCCAAUUCACCCUUAAGGAAGUCAGCGUCUACUUCAUUUGACCGUCGCCUCCAGAGGGAUGGCGAUUUUUUCUACAGAGAACAAGGCACAAGCCCCUUGAAAAAGCCGUCCAGUCCACUCAAGCGCAUUAGUGCGGCAGGGUCUAAUAGUCCCUCUGUGAGCGGAGGCAGUAGGCCAGGUUCAAGUAGUCUCGGGACUCGUCGAGAAACGGGCCGAUUCUAA